AUAAAUAAAUAAUAAAUUGUGCUCAAAAUGAAAACGAAAGUUGUGCGUGCACGAAAACUAAGCGAAAAUGAAUUCUCAAUGUCCGCCGACGCCUGUGCCCAUACGAAUAACAGUGAUUAUGCGUUUGUCAAUAAACACUUUCGAUUACACACAUUCGCUAAAUGCCUUUUGUUUGUGACGAUCGUUUUGAACUUGGCCACUCGGGCAUUAUGCAACGAAACCAUAAAUACCGAACGAAUAUCACCUCCGUUGAAGUAUGCGGAUGAUUCAUUCGAUGGAUUGGCCAGCACCGGAAUUUCAUUGGGAAAUGCAUCGCCGUUGGUGUGGUCGGAAUUUCUAGAGGAUUAUGUAUUAAGUCAAUCAACUUCUAGAGCACGUACGUCAAAGGACCUUCCAUUCAUACCCAGCCAAAACGAUAUGUCUAUGAUGAACCCAACUAUGCCGAGCGGCGUACAAGGUCCAUUAUCAUACCAUUCGUCGGCAUACAAGCGACCAAAUGUCUAUAUAACAAAACGUAUAGGUGAAGCUGUCGAGCUGGAACCGCAUAUGCGGCCGCCAGUACAAGUUGUGAAUCCACAAUUUCGUCCAAUGACAAAUCAAAUGAUACAACAACAACAGUUGCAGGAACAACAACAACGUCAGCAACCUGGAUUUUUCCAACAGCUUUUCGGCUUGGGAGGUAGCAGUCAACCGCAAUCACCACCACCAACUCAGCCACCACCACAACCAGUACGACCGGUGCAUGUACAACAGAUACAUUCACCAACGGUGCAGCACACCGGACCGCAGCCACCAUUCCGGGCCGUGACGGAAAAUGAUCUGUAUUUGUUGGGCGCUAUAGAGAAGUUGGUUUAUCGCGUUGAUUACUUGGAGAGCCGUAUAAGACGUGCCGAACAAUUGAUUUACUAUUUAAUGGCGGGUAACAAUCAGAAAGAAGUGCGCGAUCCUUGUCCGACGAAUUUCACACGCAUUAGCGAUAAUUGCUAUUAUAUCAAUAGUCAACAGCAAGUGAACUGGAAGACUGCCAACUCAGCUUGCAAAGCGCUCAAUGCGCAUCUUGCUGAAUUUGAAAAGAUUUCUGAAGACGAAGAAAUAAUGGCGCAUCUGCUCAAUCAACCUCAACAUCGUGGACGCGAUUACUGGUUGGGCGGCUUAAAUCCUGGUUUGCUGUGGAUUUGGUCCAACUCAGCAAAGCCGGUUAAUCCAAAUAUGAAUCUCACAUCCAUUGCAAUGUCGCACGCAAACAGUACAGAGAGCAACACAAUCGAUGUGGAUGGCGAUGUUAAGGGUGAGAAGGAGAAGGACAAAGAAGAUCCUUCCACAAAUGAAACUAUACUGAACAAUACGGUGGAAAUAGAGGGUCAAGGCCGUUGCCUGCGUCUUUCAUAUAAUCCCACGAAACACAUUUACAAUUACUAUGGACAGGAAUGUACCUCGCGCCAUUAUUAUAUCUGCGAAACGGAGGAUAAAACACUCGAUAAUAAAAUUAAGAAAAUUAGUCGCGAGCUGAAAUUAUUCAAGUGAAGGUUUCUUUAAGAACUAUUACAGCUGCUAAAGGCUAAAAAUUAAUUUUGUGAUUUCGAGCCAUUAACCUUAUAGGAAUGGAGGGCUUAGUCAUCUGCUAAAGUGUCAUCAUAAUAAUAUCAAGUGUUAAACAAUUACUUAAUUAUUUAGUUUUAGAAGUUGUACAUUAACAAUGUUUUUAUUUAAA